AUGUAUCUCUCAUUAUUUCUUCAAUCACGUUUUAUUUUUAUUCCUCUUAUUUCUGUCGUUCUUUAUUUAUUAUUAUUUUCUCUGUUUCUUUUGUCCUCUUUAUUUGUAACCGUCUUUUUCGCCUUUCUUUCUUUGUUCCUUUCUCCUUCCUUCAUUCUUUCCUUCUUUCCUUUCAUUCAUUCUUUCUUUCUUUCUUUCUUUCACCCUUUCUUAUUUCCUUUCUUUCUUUCAUCCUUCCUAACUUCCUGUCUUUCGUUGUUUUCUUUCUUUCUUUCUUUCUUUCUUUCUUUCUUUCUUUCUUCUUUCUUUCUUUAUUUUCUUUUUUUCUUUCGUUUCUUUCUUUCAACCUUCCUUACUUUCUGUCUUUAUUUUUCUUUCUUUCUUCCUUUUUCCUUCCUUCCAUCCUUCCUCUUCUUUCAUUCUUUAUUUCCUUUCUUUCUUUCUUUCUCCUUCCUUAUUUCCUUCUUUCCUUUCAUCCAUUUUUUGUUUCUUUCUUUUUCAUCCUUUCUUAUUUCCUUUCUUUCUUUCAUCCUUCCUAACUUCCUGUCUUUCGUUGUUUUCUUUCUUUUUUCUUUCUUUCUUUCAUCGUUCAUUACUUCUUGUCUUUCAUUCAUUCUUAAUUUCUUAUUUCCUACUUUCUUUCUUUCUUUCUUUUUUCUGUCUUUCUUUUUCAUUUUUCUUUCUUUCUUUCAUCCUUCCUUACUUUGUCUUUAUUUUUCUUUCUUUCUUCCCUUUUCCUUCCUUCCAUCUUUCCUCUUCUUUCUUUAUUUCCUUCCUUUCUUUUUCUUUCUUUCUUUCUUUCUUUCUUUCUUUCUUUCUUUCUUAUUCAUUAUACAUGUGUUUCAUAACGUUUCAUUAUUUUUCAUCUCCCCUUAUGUUUUUAAUCCUUAUUCAUUCAUUCAGUCGUCCAUUUAUUUCCUGGCAUCUUUCUUUCAUUACAUUUUUUUUCUUUCUUUAAUUAUUCAAUUUUUCAUUUCUUUAUUCCUGACCAAUUUAACUUUAUUACUUGGUCUGUUAUUUAUGUUCACUCAUUCCUUAUUUCCUUCUUUAUUUCACAAACAUCCUUAUUUCAUUUUCUCUGUCAAUUUUGUUUCAAUUUUGUCGUGCCAUUGUCAAUUAUUAUUUAAUUCUUACCGAUUUUCGUAUUUCUAUUUCUCAUCAUUUUUCAAACUUCCCCACUCUUUCUUUUCAUCCUUUCUUUAUCUCGCACUAUUUUCCUUUUUUGUAUAUCUUCUAUGUUUAAUCAAACUUACCACUCUUCCCUUUACAUGUCUCUCUCUCUCUCUCUCUCUCUUAUUUCUUUGUUUUCUCCAAUCAAAUUUGUGUUUCAUUUCUUUCUUAUAUCUCUCUCGCUUUCAUUCAUUCAUUCAUUCAUUCUUUCUUUCUUUCUUUCUUUCUUUCUUUCUUUCUUUCUUUCUUUCUUUCUUUCGUUUGACCGCUCAUUUUUGUUUUCUUUUCUCUAAUAUUUUUCAUUUUCCUUCAAUAAACUUUCCUUUUUUAUUUAUUUCUUUUUUAUUUAUUUCUGUAUUUCUUUCUGUCUUUCUUUCUUAUUUGCCACAUUUAUUCUUAUUUUUUCUUUCUUAA